UGGAAACGCUAUUGGACUCUUCCAGUUAGCAGGCUAGGGCGUCGCUAGCGGCAGAAAGUGGGAUUUUCGGUACCCUUUAAAGUUAUUUUAUUUUACAAAUAGCGGUCUAGGUGUUAAAAAACAUCACCACGUGUUUAUAUACAGUUAAUGACGACUGGUUGCGAUUUUGUCGUUGUUCACACAGGACUUGGUUGUUACUUUGUGUCCUGUUAGCUGGCCACACCGCUAGCCUGCUUUCCAUCCACGGGAAUUCUGUCGAGAAACGACUGAAUUCUGGAAACAUGGAGUCAAGGAGCGCCGCUCUCUGUUAACCAACUUCACUCUGAUCGUCGCUUCAGGGAGAAGUUUUUUGUCGGACUCAAACCAGGGGAAAUAUACGAGAACCCAGGCAGCAUUACUACGGCGUGGCUGUGCGUAUAAUUUCUGUGGUUUUUCAGCUCAUUGUUGUGAACGGGAGUUUGCUUAGUUUGCACUCGACCCAAAAGCACACGAAGCAAAGUUUUUUUUCCAGUGGGAGCUCAUCUGUUUUGUUAGCUGGUAGCUGUCGAGAUUCAACCUUAGUCUGUUUGCCGUCUGAAUAUUUUUUAAAAUCGUAUCGUGCUGAUUUACAUAACCAGGCAGUUUAACUGUUAUAUUUUUAAUCUUGGAUUUCAUUAUACUAUAUCUGCCGUGGUUUUUUUUCGCUGCCUUGAACUGGGGAGUUGAGCGAUUCUCACGGCCACUGGAGACUCCGUCCCCACGGCCAGACAGACAGACGGACGAGCAGGCAGGCAGGCACUUCCCGUAGCAGGGAAUAUCAAACGGGACUGGGGGAAUUUUCCACAUCUCCGGAGAUCGUUAAAAGAACUGUGAAUAUCAAGUCCCGAGCUGUGGUUGCUGCAGACGGACUACAUCACAGUAAAGGCCGGGUAUCUGUCACAGUGGAAUACGGAUUGUUUACACAUUUCGUUCGGGACGUGAAUGCAACGGAUUCACCCCAGGACUUCUUAAAUGCAGUAAAAUUUAUGCAUUUUAUUUAUUAUUUUUGCUAAAACACUGUUCCAUGCCGGGGUAGGACUGUACAGCUACGUACCAUAGAGGCCCCGCAUGAUUGGUUUGGGCUGACAAGUCAUCUCAGCUAAAAAUCAUUUUUGUCAAGGGAAAUUGCUUGUAAGAGGUUUCGCCUCGUGUGUUGACGUGCCUUGCGACAGCCCAACAAUUCUGUCGUUGUCAUCAGCAGCAGCUUCAGAAUCCUCGGCCAGUUUAAACGGAUGCCAAAGAAGGACACUCCAAGAAGUCGCCUAAUCACACUCUGGAAAAUGUUAAUCGGAUAUAAUUUGCUGCAAAUCUAGAACCGGAAGCCCAAUGAGUGACACACAGUCCAGCUUCACUGACAGGUUUCCCAAGAAAGCAAGCAGAACCAGCAGCAUCGGUAAAGACCACCCCCCAGACAAGAAACCCAAAAGUGACAAAACUUCACUUUCCUCCAAUGAGUUUGACCCCACAGAAGCUUUGGUGGUGCAGAAGAGUGGCAGCAGCAGUGUACUAGCAGACGGAAAGCCCGAGUCCUGUGGUCUGGUGCAGCGAUGUGUGAUCAUCCAGAAAGAUGAGAAUGGCUUCGGUCUCACUGUCAGUGGCGAUAACCCAGUGUUUGUGCAGCUCGUCAAAGAAGAUGGCGCUGCGAUGCGAGCAGGUGUUCAGACAGGAGACAGGAUCAUUAAGGUCAACGGGACUCUUGUUACACAUUCUAAUCACAUUGAAGUGGUGAAGCUCAUCAAAUCGGGCUCAUAUGUGGCCCUCACAGUGUUGGGGCGCCCCCCGGGGCUGGCCCACAUCCCUCUGCCUGAGGCAGAGUCUAUAAUGUUGGGUGUUAGCAUUUCCUCUCCAAAUUCCCCAGCAACAGAGCGACCCUACAGUCCUCAGGACAGACUCUCAUCAACACAACAUCCAUGGGAAGAAAAUAGCAUCCAGAGGGUCGACAUCUUGCAAAAGAUGCUCUUAAAAGAGCAGCAGGAGUUGAAGGCCAUGAAGGAGGAGUACAGUAAGAACCCCUCCCCGAAACUACUGAAAGAAAUCCAGGAAUCUAAAAAACACAUUCCUCAGCUGCACGGUCAGCUCUUCAAGGCCACUGGGGCAGCACAGGAGGCUUUUCCAGGUGGCGAUGCAGAUGAUGGUAGCAUGUUUGAACCCGAGCACACCCCCACCUCCAGGGGAGACAACAACACAGACGUGUCCUGGAGCAGCACUCCUUUAUCUCACAGAUUUGGACUUGGAUCUCCAGACUCUGUUUAUCCAAGGGAGACAUCCUGUCCCAGCCCAAAGAACACCCCCAGGAACAGCUACAACUCCUGUUACUCACCAGAGGCAGAGGACACAACUGACCUGGACUCGAUGUCCCCAACCACAGUCAGCAGUCCUUCAUCUUCUCGCAUCGUCUCACAAAUCAUUGGAGCUGAGGACGACUACUUUGAUUCAGACCAGGAGCAGACAAACGGCCAGUGUAACUGCUUUAACAGUAUUGAACAGCUCAAGUCAAGACCCGCCCAUUUGGCAGCCUUCCUCCACCAUGUUAUUUCCCAGUUUGAUGCUGCUCCAGUGCUGUGCUACCUCUACGCUGACUUCUACAAGCAGACCAACUCCAAAGAGACCAGACGGGUGUUCAUGGACCUGCACACCUUCUUCAUUGAUAGGGGAGCAAAUUUAAAAGUGGCUGUUCCUGAAUCCAUCUCAUCUGACCUGGACCGGCGGCGAACAGAACUGAUCCCAGAGGAAAUCAACAGACAACAUGUUCAGACUCUGCAGGACUCUUUGCUCCCUGACAUUCAGAGGAACCUUGAAGAUUUCAGGCAGAAGCGCAGCAUGGGUUUAACAGUGGCUGAGGUGGAACUAUCCAGACUGGACCAAGAGCGAGUCAGAGACCGUGUCACUCUGGAGAGAGAGCGCUCGUAUGCUGAAAACAUCAUCGCCAAGAUAGAGGACAUUCUGUUAACUACUCAGAAUACAGAAGAAGAAAAAUGCACUACAAUGCAGUAUGUUAUCUAUACGUACAUGAAGCACCUUGGUGUGAGGGUGAAGGAACCUCGCAACCUGGAGUCCAAACGGGUCCGGAUAAACUUUCUCCCUAAAAUUAAGAAAAGCAUAAAGACAGAAAAGGAAGGAGAGGAGGUGAAGGUGAAGAAACCCAGGUUUCCCAGCAUCCUUGGUCCUCAGCGUCGUCCGAGCCGCAUUGAGUCCGGACCGGUGGGUAAAGCCUUGGACAGUCGGCCACGACCUCAGAAACAACUGUCUACGCCGUCACUGGGGACAAACGAACACGCUGAGCCUGGACGUUUGCGUGGCAGCCAAUCGAGCGAGGGCUCCGAACUUAUGCACUCCAUGUCUUUCAACACGUCAUCCCCCAACAGCAACAACUACAGCUCAGAUUCCAGCAGAGAUGCCGAUAUGGUCGGAACGCCCACUUCAGGCCCACACAGGCUAAGUGACGGCCAUCAGUCCGAUCCUCUGGACGGUCUCUUAUACCCUGCUACGCACUUUGACCUCUACAGCCUGGACCAGCUGCAAGAGGAUGACAGAGAGAGUGACAAAGCUCACGAUGGAAUGCCAAAGGCCAUCAGAAGGCUUGAUGGACUGGGUCCUGCUGAUGCCCAGAGUGAGGAUGACCAGGUUUACCAGAAACUGUCAAAAGAGGCCAUUCUGCCUCCCGCUGACAUCAAGAACAUCUUCUCCAACCUGGACGAGAUUCUACAUCUGCACGUUUCAAUAUUGGAGCAAAUGCUAGCGGUGCGGAAGAGGAAUGAGUCGUCAGUAAUUGAUCAGAUAGGAGAUGACCUGCUCUCCUGGUUCAUCGGUGGUGAAGAGGAGAAGAUCAAGCAAGCGGUGGGGACCUUCUGCUGUAACCAGCCUUUUGCUCUGGAGAUCAUCAAAACCAAACAGAAGAAAGACUCCAGGUUCUUCUCCUUCAUCCAGGAGGCAGAGAGUAACAGACUCUGCAGACGGUUGCAGCUGAAAGACAUCAUUCCAGUGGAAAAAUUAUCAAAUGUCCCUGAAUUGGUCACUCACAAGCAGAUCAAUGAAAUAGGAAUGAUAGCGUAUUAUGUGCCUGGCAGGCAGCUCUCUGGGCAGCACAGUUGGUCUUAUUUCUUCUUAUUAUUAUGUGUUUUAGACAACACAGCGGAGAAGGACAAAGUGAAGCAGGCAGCAGACUGUUGUAGAAUGAUUUUAAAUCAUGUCAACCAGGCUUUAAAAGAGUCUGAGGACAAGCAGAGGUUAGAGGAUUAUCAACGAAGACUUGACCUGUCCUCACUGAAGCAGACUGACAACCCAGUGAUCCAGGAGUUAAAGAACUUGGAUCUAACCAAGAAAACGUUGGUGCACGUGGGACCACUCUCAUGGAAAGUGAAUAAGGACAAGACUAUUGAGUUGUUUACACUCCUCCUGGAGGACAUCCUGGUGCUGCUGCAGAAACAAGAUGAACGCCUUAUCCUCAAGUGUCACAGCAAAAACCUGGCGGGCACCGCAGACACCAAACACAUCUUCAGCCCCAUCAUCAAACUCAACACGGUUCUGGUGCGAUCAGUGGCCACAGACAACAAGUCCUUCUUCGUCCUUUCUAUGUCCGAAAAUGGAGCCCAGAUCUAUGAGCUUAUGGCGCCCACAGUCGCUGAUCAAAAAACGUGGCAGGAGUUAAUAAUCCAGAGAGCUGAUGCCAUGAAGGUCAAACCUCACAACAUUAUACCGUUACCUCAGAGCGAUGGGGAGAGAGAUGGAGUGGAUAUCAUCACCGCAGGUGUCUCCAAGCUGAGCAGAGACCCCGACCGCACGUCCACAGGGAGCACACAGUCCACAGAUAAAGAGAGCAGCCCAACUUCUAGGAGAGCACUGCAGAGCUGUCUACCUGGUAAUAACCUGUUUGACAGAGUAAAAUUUGUGGAAAAGGAGAAGGAGGACGGCUAUGUGGACCCAGAGCUUCCUUACCAGGUCUCCGACGAUGGCAGAGCAGCAGAUUCAUUCAACAUGUUUCCCUCUAGGGCAGCUGAAGCUCUGAAAACAUUGGCAGCGUUGAAGCAGGAGCUGGUCACACAGCUCAUGUCUCAAGAGCCCAUAGAGCAAACCAAACAAUCCACGGGGGCUCGUCUCCUCAGGGCCACCUCACUGCGAACGCCCAUUGACAGUCGUGCCCGGGUGAUGGCACACAAUGGCUCGGACAAGAACAGCACCCACACCGAGGACCAGGCUCAGGACCUGGGUUCUGGAGACACGGGCUUCUUCGACUCUCCCGAUGAUUAUGCAGAAUUCUUGGUCCUGGAGGGCUACGGCAGGGCAGGAGAGAGCAGCACAGAUGACGAGAUCCUGGCGUCGACCACAGGGAAGCAGCUGAGCAGCGCACAGGGCUGUGCCACUGACUCAGGCAUGAAUUUAAGAUUUUCUUCAACCUCCCAGGCGGGCAGCCUGUCUAUCUUCAGUCGACAGGUGCUGUCACAUCUCAGAAACCUUCAGUCCAACCUCAACUACCUAAAGGAUGUUGAGGCCAAGUACAAUAAUUUAUUACGCCUGAGGUCAGAAAGGUCAGCGGAAGACCCGGACAGAAACAAAGAUAAGAGAUAGUGGAAGUUCCUGCUGCAGACUUUGGCUCUGCUCCCAAAGAGGAAGUACCAACAUGCAGUCUGCUCCUCCUCAUUGUGUUCUGGACAUUUGGGACAUCCUAUAAGCUUGUCCUCUCACUGCUGACCCCUCUGCAACUUUUACUCUCCAUCGCCAACAGCUGUUGUUGCUACAGCAAAUGAGAGACUUGAAUGAGAGCAGAAAUGUUUGAGGGAGGAGCCAUUUUUUUUUUUUUUUUGUCUCUCAAUGCCACAUUCCCUCUCCGUCAGCACAAGGCAAUCAGGGAAGUGGGAUUGCUCUGCCCUUCCAGAAAACCCCACCCCCACCUCAACCAUCCAUCACCCAAUUCCCACCUGAACUCCUGGCAAGUAAGAGAACUUAUACCAAAAUGUACAAAGAUGUGUGUUUAGAAUAUAUAUAUAUGAAACAAAAGAACGAGAAAAGGAAAAUUUUUAAGAUAAUGUAUUAAGUUUUUUUUUUAUCCCAAGAUGUAUUUAUUUUUCUUUCUUUCUUUGAGAAUGUGUCUGUGGAGAAUAAGUGUCUCCACAUUGCUUGCAUGCUUUCAGCCACUGUGUUCCCUGAUUGGCUCCCUUUCCCUGCUUCAGUCACAUGGGCUUUGUGUGAGUGAUGAAUAAAAACAUAUGUGCCAGCCCAGUAGAAUACUGAGAAAAUGGCAGGAUCUAUAUCUAUAUCGAUAUAUACAUAUAUAUUGAUAUAGAUAUAGAUAUAUAUAUAUAUGGCCAGAGUUGCACUGGUGAUGGUUUGAUCCAAAUGUGUUAAAGAAGACUUUUAGAUAAAAAUCUAGGAGUGGUGUUUUUGGUGUUUCACUAGAAUGAAGAGUCCGAAGGCUCUGAUCUGGUCCUGUUGCAUUUCUCUGCUGCCUCCGACAAGUGUUUGACCUCUGACCCUCUCCCUCACUUCCUUUCUUUUGUAAUUCCUUCUGCUCCUGUUCUCUUUGAACACUUACAGGUGUCAUUCCCAUGUUUUCCCUCCUCCCUUAAAGCUCUGUAACUUGCUGAUGCUUUUACCCAACCCCCUGGAUCCCCCUCUACAAGCUGUCGUCAUGCCCCGUCAUCUGCCCCGGGGUAUCUUGCACCGUUACCCCUCUGUGACAGAGAGUGGUCAUCCCCGAGCAACGUAUUAGCUUCUGACAGAACUGCUGCUGCUGUCGUCUGUGCUCUGGGCAGUUCUUAGCUGCCUGCUCUGAUAUUCUAACCACGUCAUGAAGUUCAACAUAUACUGUACAAUGAUCAAGUUGGAAGGUUAUGCAUAACUUUAGUAAAUAAAUGGUGCCAUGACACAUUCAAACAAGAAA